AAAGAUAAGGAAGACCAGUGGCUAGAGAAAAAGGUGCAGGGCAGUAGAGACCACAUCAUCUUAGAGCAUCUUCAAUGGACCAUGGGUUACGAAGUACAAAUUACAGCUGCCAACAGACUGGGUUAUUCUGAACCAACAUUGUAUGAAUUCAGCAUGCCACCAAAGCCCAACAUUAUUACAGACACUCUUUUUAAUGGUCUUGGACUUGGUGCUGUCAUUGGCCUGGGAGUGGCAGCCCUUUUGUUAAUCCUGGUUGUGACUGAUGUUAGCUGCUUCUUUGUACGACAAUGUGGGUUGUUAAUGUGCAUCACCAGGAGGAUCUGUGGGAAAAAGAGUGGUUCAAGUGGAAAAAGUAAAGAACUGGAAGAAGGAAAGGCUGCAUACUU